AUGAACAGGGAUUGGCGUUCUGGUUUGACGACGCCGCCGUCGGGGAGAGGGUCGGGGCUUCUGUUUGCGUCGGCUAGGGUGCCAAGACCGGCGCCAGUUCCGGAGCAUGACGACAAUUUGACAUCUAGAAAAAAGAGAAAGUUUGUGCCCGGGGGUCGAAUCGGUAAGUAUGUCAAGGCACAGGAGUUUCUGACAGUAUCUUUGUACUGUGACGUUUGUGAAAGAGAUUUCUACGAUGAGAAUGCCAAAGCGUUGCAUGACCGGAGCAAGGAUCAUCUCGACAACCACAUGAGGAUGCGAAAAGCCGAGAUUGAGGCCGCUACUCAAAGCAACGUGAAGGAUGAGAAAAAAAUUGAAGGGAAACCAGUGGUACGAGCGAUUGGUCUAAAAGAGAUGGCUGCAUUCGUGAAAGAGCAUGCGGCAAAAUGGACCAAGUCCUUUAAGGGAUGGGCGAAUAGAUCCAUCGAGGGCGCCAAGGCAGCUGCUGAUGCGGCAAAUGACCAAAACAUUGUCGCUUCGGUGCAACGAGAAAUUCUAUUCGAGUUUAGGUAUCACACGGACAACUGCACCAUGAUGCAGGAAAGUUGGGGCCGGAAGCCAGCCGCAACUGGUAUUCAUUACCGCCAGGCACAGCCGUCCGUGUUCACGGAUAGGGUGUUCUCGGAGAAAGAGAAAAGAAAGAUGGACGAAGAGAGGAGACAAGCUUUGUUGACGCAUCCAUCAUCCACCGACCUGGCAGAAAUUGUAUCGGCUGCACCGAACCCCACUGUGGAAGAAGUCCGAGACGAUUUAGUACUAGCUCCAGAAGUGCAGGGCGGAAUUUCGUCGGCUGCCAAGAAUCCUACUUCAGCUCCUAGUGGCAAUGAGGACAUUGAAAGAGUUAACGUAUCGAGUGAUCGAAUUCGCGAGCCCAACCAACUUGCACUUCCUGAGAGACAGAUCAUAGAGGCACCGGUUAAGGUUUCCUGGAAAUUAUCGCAAGCUGCCUGUGUCUUGUCCUCAAUUUGCAAUUCUGGUAUCAGUGAAGCUGUUGCUGUAAGAUACAGACAGAGGUUUCCGAGAACAUGGAGAACAUCGAAAUCCCACAGCGGUCAGGUCCCAAACAACGAUUUGGUCAUGAAGUAUAGGGACUUGCGAUCGAAGUACGAGUCUCAGGAGUUCGACUAUAAUUCAUGGCGGCGAGGCCUUGACGAGGUAAUAUCGGGGUUUACUGCACAAGAGAACAGGAUCGGAUCAUUAAAGCAGUGUUUGCAUAUGCAGAUUGACGCAGCCAUUCGGCGAGGUGACUGGACGGGGUGCACAAUUUCUUGCGCUCACGUGAUUGAGUUCCACAACUCCCAUGACAGUUUUGAAGAAGGGGACGGUGAAUACAUUGGCUAUUGGAUAAUUUCUGGCUUAUUCAAAGCACAACACGGCUUGCAACCUAGGCUCACUUCUCGGGCAAGACAGAAACGGUUGUUUUCUCUGGUGACAAGGCUAAGGGCCUUACCACCCGGUGUCAUGGAUGACAUGUUUGUUGACCACGCAUACGCGAUGUUCAAGUGUGCAGUUUCUAAUAACUACUACCAAUUUUGCCAACUGCAAGCGGACCCAAUGGUCGAUAUGAAGACAGGGGGUAACUUCAGACGUAUGACGGAAAAGGUGGGAGACUUUGUACGCGAAAGGGCACUCGUUACAAUGACCAUGCUGAGUGGGAUCACUAACGAAGGCUGUUAUUCAAACCCGAUGGCCGUUGACUUCGAGUUUGUGAUGAGAUCUCUAAAAUGGUCGAAUCAAUCGGGCGAGAAGAACAUUUCUGAGUCCCGAAGAUUCAUUGAAGGUCUUCCCCAAGAAAUUCGGAUCGACGACACGUAUCCAGAGUUGAUGAUGUUGCUGGUUAGCUCGCAUCGGGCUGUGCUUCAAUCCAGCGAAGUGGUGGAUGUGGACACUUUGGCGAGGGUUGUGCCGAAUGCCUUUGAGAUCCAGUAG